AAAAGUAUACAAAAAUUAAUUUUAUGUUCUUUUCAUCUUUAUAGAUUACAUUUCUGGUUACGACAAGAUUUAAUUUCACGAGAUUAUCACAUACUAAAUAUAAUAUUACACAGUAUGAAUAGUUUGUUAACUUUUUUUGUAUAUAAUCUAAUUUUGGGACCAAAAGGACAGAAUAUCUCUUUUUAUGCUGCAACUUUAUUUGCAGUUCAUCCAAUUCAUACAGAAGCUGUAUCUGGAAUUGUAGGACGUGCUGAAUUAUUAUGCACUUCAUUUACAUGGUUGUCAAUUUUAUUAUACAAUUGUGUAAUAUAUGCAAAAAAUUCACUUUAUGCAUGGACUGCUAUGUCUGGUUCUGCUAUUUGUAUAACCAUAGCAAUGCUAUGUAAAGAAACUGGAAUUACUGCCAUUGGAAUUUGUGCAGUAUACGAUAUAGUUAUAGUGAACAAGAUAUAUCCAAUUGAUAUAAUUAAAUUACUUUUGUUUAAGCAUUCAAAUAAAAAUUUAAAGAAUUUCGUUAAUAACAAUAAUACAAUAUUACGACUUGUUAUAAUUGUUUUCAUUGCAAUAAUACUUUUAUUUCUAAGAUUUAGUCUUAUGGGGUUUUCUGUUCCCAAAUUUCAACCAGUAGAUAACCCAGCAUCUUUUAUGAAGAAUAUAUUUUUUCGCAUACUUAAUUACAAUUAUAUUUAUUGCUUGAAUAUAUGGUUACUUAUAUGUCCUAUAUGGCUGUGUUUUGAUUGGUCAAUGGGUUGUAUAUCUUUAAUUACCGGCUAUGACUACAGAAUUCUUGUAGUUAUUAUUUUCUGGUUACUAUUUGGAGCAUUCAUUAUGUACACGUUUAUUCAUAAGGAUAAAACUUCGAGGUAAUUCCAAAAUUUUUAGAAGUUUAAGAUACAUGUACAUGAUGAGAAUGUGUGUGUGUGCAUGCAAAUGGUAAGAAAUACAUGUACAAGAUGUAUCCGAAAGAAUGAUACAAGCAAAAUGGAGAUGUGAUUCUUCUUACAAAUACAAGUCCAAAAUAUAGAAUAAAAUUUUUUCAUAUAAGGCUCCGUUUUCGAGAAAAUCGACUUUGAAGAUCCAUCAAUAUGUAUGCACUUGAUUUAACGAUAAUCGGAUCUUGCUAUAUACAAUUAUUUCUAUUCAUAUUUAUAAAUAAUGUCAUGAUUUAAUGAGUCAAAGUAAUGCACAACAAGUUUCAAUAAUUUACAAGAAUAUUUCAAUAAAUAAGAUAACAAGAUUUGUCAUGAGAAUACAUGUAUAUUCAUAUAUAACUGUUAAAAUUACUACUUGGAACAUAUCAUUGCAGAUAUUACUCUUCCAUAUUCCCUAUAUGUGUCCAAACAUUUGUUUUACUAUUGCACCAAAGCAUUGAUUUCAAUAGUAAAGAAAUCAGUAUCAAGAUCCUAGAGCUAAGGGGACAGGUGUUAGACUACCCAGCCUAUAGCUUUGACUUUGCACCAAGUGAUUUUCAUCUCUUUGGAUCAUUGAAGAAGCACUUGGCUAAAAAACAAUAUGCAAUUGAUACCACAGUUCAGCACAUAAUAUCUUGGGUUUAGGACCUUGAUUUUUUCUCUGCUGAAAUUGAUAUCUUGAUGUAUCAGUGGAGCAAAUGUCUGGACACAUAUAGGAAAUAUAUGGAAAAGUAAUAUAUGCAGUGAUAUGUUACAGUUAUAUAUGAACCUUAGAACCUUAGAACAUAUAUAAAUGGAAGGGGAA